AAAGAAGGCAGAGGACGGGGACAGAGGUUCAAGAGGAGUCAUUACAAGCCAACUCAAGACACAGAUACAAAAUGCCAAAGAAGAGAGCAUCCAACGGUAGAAACAAGAGCGGUAGAGGACACGUCAAGCCAGUCAGAUGUGUCAACUGCUCCAGAUGCGUCCCUAAGGACAAGGCCAUCAAGAGAAUGACGGUCAGAAACAUGGUUGAAGCCGCCGCCGUCAGAGACAUCUCCGAAGCCUCUGUCUACGACGAAUACCCAAUCCCAAAGAUGUUCAACAAGUUGCACUACUGUGUCUCCUGUGCCAUCCACUCUAGAAUCGUCAGAGUCAGAUCCAGAACCAACAGAAAGGUCAGAGCUCCUCCUGUCAGACAAAGAUUCAACCAAAACGCCAAGAGAGUCUCUCCAGCCGACGCUGCCAAGAGAGCUUAAGUGUUUCCGUUUGAAUUUUCUACGACGUGAUUGUAUAUCUCCCUCUCUUACUAUUAACUCUAUAUA